UGUGAAGUUACGUUUGGAUCUGACCGCUAUGCCUCGGCAAAGAAGCAAGCCUUCUUCUAGUCCUUCCCCGCUCAACCGAACAAACAGCGAUGAUCCCAGCGAUUUAGAUAAAACAAUUUUUAUUGGCAAUUUGCCUACAAUCUCCACAGAUCGCAAAGAGAUGGAAGAAAUGUUUUCCAAAUAUGGAAAAAUUAGUGGCCUCCGCUUGUUCCAUAGCUAUGGGUUUGUGCAAUAUGAACGGGAAGAAGAUGCAAAAGCAGCUGUGCAGGGGGAGAAGGGUCGCAAGUAUAAAGGGCAUAGAUUAGGUAUUAACAAGGCAGCGGAAGGAAGAAAUAUGAAUAAGGCUCCAUCCAGGUCCAGUCCGUCAAGAAGAGACUUGUAUACAUAUGGAGAAUCCCGCGACACGAAACGUGAGCGCUCCCCUUUGCGUGGGAGCCCCAGAAGAGAUGGCAGGGAUGGUAGAGACUCGCGUGCCACAAGGGAAUCGCGAGAUGGACGAGAGCCAAGAGAUACCAGAGAUGUGAGAGAAUCUAGAGAUAUAAGAGAUGCACGGGAUUCUCGGGAACCCAGAGAUAUGAGAGACACUAGAGAUGCACGUGACUCCAGAGAUUAUAGAGAAUCUAGAGAACUGCGUGAAGCAAGAGAAUUACGGGAUGCCAGGGCCGUCAGAGAUUCUCGAGACAUCAGGGAUCCUUUGUAUGACCGCUACAGAGAUGCACUGUAUAGGCGUGAUGAGCCACUUGAUAAAUACCGUCAAGAAGAACUUUAUCGCAAGAAGGAAGAUGCCUUUGAUCGGUUCAGAGAUCCUCUUGAUAGAUUUCCCAGAGAAGAAGAUCGUUUGAAACGUGAUGAACGUCGGCGUGAGGAAUUAUACAGGCAGUACUUUGAUGAAAUACAAAGGAGAGUUGACUCUGAACGACCUGUGGAUUGCUCUGUAAUUGUAGUUAACAAACAGUCGAAGGAGUAUGCAGAGUCUGUUGGGCGGAAAAUACGUGACCUGGGUAUGAUGGUAGACUUGAUCUUUCUGAAUACUGAAGUGUCUCUGACCCAGGCUUUGGAAGAUGUUACGAGAGGUGGUACUCCCUUUGCAAUUGUGAUAACUCAGCAGCAUCAAGUGCAUCGCUCUUGCACAGUUAACAUCUUAUUUGGCACACCUCAAGAACAUCGAAACAUGCCACUGGCUGAUGCCAUGGUGCUUGUGGCUAGGAACCAUGAACAGUUUAAAUCUGAAGCUCGAGACAAAGAGAGGGAGGAUAUUGCACGUCAAGCAACAAAGAUGUCUACAGAUGCUCUUCUGAGAGAGCGUGCGCCACCUAUGGAUGAAGGUUUGAGAGGAACUCAUCCUCCAACUAUACAGCCCUUGCUGGCACUGCUUGCAGAUAAUAGAUAUGUUACUCCUGAAGAGAUGGACAAGGUCAUCCUUUACCUUCGUGACCGCAAGGAUAGAUUGUUGUCUGCAGAUCCAUUGUCGUCCCAGCUCUCAAGGCCACAGAUGGGAUCAUCUCAAGUGACUUCCAUGGACAGUCAAUCUGGUCUCACAAAUAAUAAAGUCAUGCAGAUGAGUCAGCAGAUGAGUCAGCAGAUGAAUCAGCCAAUGAGUUCUGCUCCCCAAGCACAACAGUCUUUAAGCAACCCUCAGCAGGAGCUUCAGGCAAAAAUACUCAGUCUUUUCAACAGCGGCUCUCAAGCUAACAUCAACCCAGCUGGCCCUGUAGGUGCUUCUGUAGCUGCUCCAAACCAGGGCUAUGGGAAUGUUGGCAAUUCUCAACUGCGUCCCGGGCAAAUGAAUACAUCACCUCUUGGCCAAGUGCAGAGAAAUCAGCCAGCCAUGAACCAGCAUCCUAAUGUCAUGGGUGUUGGGGUACCUAUAAGAAAUACCAUUCCUCGACCUGGUGGUCCUUUACCAUCACAAGCUGUUUACGGGCAACUCCAGAACCGUGCCCAGGUACCUGUUAAUGUACAGGGCCAAAGGCCAGCUGGUUCUGCAGGUAUAAACUUUGAUAACCCUAGUGUCCAAAAGGCAUUGGAUACACUGAUCCAGAGUGGUCCUGCUCUUUCUCACCUAGUGAAUCAGACCGCAGGCCAAGGAGGCCGUGGUGGGCUUCCACCUCAGCCUUCAAUGGGAUCUUAUCAGCGUCACUAUUAGUGCAAUGUGAUAGAUCUUCUAACCACUGCAUUGUCCACCUCAAGAUCCAUGUUUUGUUUUUGUUUUUUUCACAAAGCUUCUCCAGGAUGUGCUUAUAGAGAAAUGGGACUUUUAGUUAGUAACUGAACGUUAAUAUUUUGACCAACUCUUGUGCAAUGAAGCAUAUUUUUUAUUUUUUUAACCCUUUCCUUGGCUAUGGAGAGCACUGCAUGUGUGUAGCUUUUUUGUGCAAAGGUUUACUAGUUUAAGCAUUUUCUUGUACAUUUAAUUCUUACAUCAAAAUGUGUUCUGCAGCAAAUUUUUAAAUAAACCUUUAAAUGCUA